AUGAUGUUGUCAGUCAAGGACACGUUGUCUCACCGAUUUGGAGAGAGCGGUGCAGGGAAAACAGAGAGCACGAAGCUAUUGCUGCAGCACAUAAUGAACCUAUGCAAAGGCAACUCACAGCUGGAGCAGCAGAUCCUUCAGGUAAAUCCGUUGCUUGAAGCUUUUGGCAAUGCCCAGACUGUGAUGAAUGACAACAGCAGCCGCUUUGGAAAAUACAUACAGCUGCGUUUCCAGAAUAAUACAGUGCGAGGUGCAAAGUUGAGUGAGUACCUUUUAGAGAAGUCACGGGUUGUGCGACAAGAUACCGGGGAGAGGAAUUUCCAUAUCUUCUACUACAUGUUUGCUGGACUGUCUUCAGAGGAAAAGGAGAUGUAUGGGCUAUUGGAUCCCUCACUCUACAGGUACAUAAGUGGACGAUUUGGUACAGAGGAUGUAGCUCAGUGCUGGAAGCAAAAAUACCAAGAGGUGUGCAAUGCCCUUGACAUGGUGGGCUUCCAAGAACAGGAGCAAGUGGACAUGCAGGCUAUCUUGGCUGGUGUGUUGUCCCUGGGCAACGUGACCUUUGAGCCUGAGGAGAGGAAUGGGUCUGUAAAAGUGAGUGAAGCCUCCUGGGGAUGGCUGAAGGCUGCAGCGGGUCAGUUUGGAGUACAAGAAGAUGAACUGUUAAAAUGCCUUAUUUGUACAAUGUCAGUGACCCGAGGCGAGCAGAUUCAGCGUUUUCAUACCCAGCAGCAGGCAGAAGAUGCUCGGGACUCCAUUGCAAAGGUGGCGUAUGGCCGAGUAUUUCGCUGGAUCGUUUGCAAGAUCAAUGAGCUGCUGGCUGAGAAAGUGGAUCCUGAGGUGGAAUUGAGCGAGAUAGGUAUCUUGGAUAUUUUUGGGUUUGAAAACUUUGCAGUGAAUCGUUUCGAACAGCUUUGCAUAAACUUGGCCAAUGAGCAGCUCCAGCACUUCUUCAACCAUCUGGAGCAGGCUGCCUAUAAGGAAGAAGAGCUGCCUUGGGAGACUAUCACGUUCAACAAUAAUGAACCUAUUCUGAAACUGCUCCUGGCCAAGCCACUUGGGCUCCUCUCUCUUCUGGAUGAGCAGAGUGCAUUCCCUCAGGCAACUGAUAAGACGUUUGUGGAUAAACUAAACAGCAGCUUCAAGGGGAAUUUACACUUCCAGCCAGGCCGAGGCCAUGUUUUGGGCUUCAGCAUCCUUCACUAUGCUGGGAAAGUACAAUAUAGUGCAGGAGGUUUUCUGGAGAAGAACAGAGACACCUUGCCAGCCACCGUCCGUGGGCUCUUCAUCAACAGCGUCACCCCCUUGCUCAGUGUGCUGUUCACAGGCAAGUCCCUCUGCUAUGCCACUAUCUCCAGAACAGGGACACUGAUGCCUCAUGUGAAAGCCAAGGUCAUACCAGGAGCAGACGACAAGUUCAACAGCACACGAAAACAGUCUGCUGCAGCUCAGUUCCGGCAUUCCCUGAUGAUGCUCAUGGAGAGGAUGUAUUCUGCAAACCCCCACUUUGUGCGCUGUAUAAAGCCCAACAGCCAGAAGGAGCCAGGUGUGGUGGACAGCCAGGUGGUGCUGCUACAGUUCACUCCUUUUGAUAACUUCUUGGACCCUUCUGCACCUCGCCCUGUUCUGGGGGCAGAGGAACAGACGGGAGAAGAGGUAAAAAUGAGGAAAUGCAAGAGAGGAGCAACUCUCCGCUGGUUCAAAGAGACACAGGCUGAGAAGGUCAUGCAGGAUGAUGGGGCCUUUCCAAGCUGGCUGCAUGGGAUGAUCAGCCGGAGGGAAGCUGAAAACUUACUGAUUGACAAGCCUUUGGGCUGCUUCCUUGUUCGGAUCAGCCAGAGCCGACCGGGCUACACCUUGACAUACAGGGGCGAAGGCCGCUGCAGACACUACAUGAUCCAGGUGCAGCCCAAUGCACGCUAUGUCAUCCUGGGGGAAGACCGGGCUCACGCCUCGCUUACCCAACUGGUUCGGUAUCACCAGACUGUGGGCAUACAACCCUUCAUGGAGAUACUGACUGUUCCCUGUGGGCAGAAAAGCAGUGAGAGUUUGGAUUAUGAAGAUCUGGAGUGCCUCAAGCUGGGUCCAUCAGAAGCCAAGGGAGAAGUCCCUCCAGAGGAGCAGCCCUCCCCCUCCAGGCCUUCCACCAGCAGACCCGGUGUGCAGUCAGGAGCAGCCGCGGUUCUCAGACAUGUGUGGUUCAGGAGGACCAAGAAUAGCCAAAAGGAAGAGAGCCUGGACAAGACAAGGAUAAAGCCAAGCUCAGGCAAGAAGAUAGGCAGCCAACGAGCUUUCCCUCGUUUCCACUCUUCCAUACGCCUGGCGAUGCAGGAAAUCCAGCAGUUAUCUUCCACUACCUUGAACAAUUCUGCACAGAGCUGCUGUGAAGCUCUCAGCAUUAAGGAUAUAGAGCCCAAGUGA